AUGGAGAACGUGAUUGCUGGGCAAAUUCAACAAGUUGAGGAUGCUGAUGGUGUUCGUGCUCAACAGGAGUUCUCGAGAUUCCUUAAAACGUUUAAAAAUGCCGAGGGAGAAUUGAUUUACAAGAAGAUGAUGAAGGAUAUGACGCAACCCGAACGAAAUACGCUUUUCAUUGAUAUGCAGCAUGUAUACACACAUAGCGCGAAUCUUGCCACCACCAUCGAGCUCCAAUUCUAUCGGAUUUAUCCGUUUUUGUGCGAGGCCCUUCAAAUUGCGACCGUCGAUGAAUGCGAUGAGAAUGAGCGACAGCAAAUGUUCAAGAAGCAACUCUACGUGUCGCUUUACAAUUUGAACACAAAAACAAAAAUGCGCGAAUUGUCGGCUGACAAAGUCGGAGGACUUGUGAAGAUCUCCGGGCAAAUAGUGAGAACUCAUCCCGUUCAUCCGGAAUUAUCGAGGGCCACGUUCAUUUGCGAAGAUUGCGGAGUUACGACGAGAGAUGUUCUCCAGCAAUUCCGAUACACGCAGCCAACCAAAUGCUCUAAUCCGCAAUGCAUGAAUCGCACGAGAUUCAGCUUGGAUGUCAAUGAAUCGACGUUUGUCGACUUCCAGAAGAUUCGGAUUCAGGAAACGCAGGCGGAAUUGCCGCGCGGCUCGAUUCCGCGUACCGUUGAUGUCAUCGUUCGAGGAGAAAUGGUCGAAAGUGUUCAACCAGGAGACAAGUGCGACAUCGUUGGAAGUCUUAUUGUGAUUCCUGAUAUCUCGCAAAUGAGCACUCCUGGUCUUCGCGCCGAAACGUCGAACCAAAAUCGAGGAGGUAGAAACUUUGCUGACCAUUGUAAAGGUCUUCGUGUUAUAAUCGGCUGA